GGGGUGGGGAUGUUGAGCCAUGCAUUCCUUCGCAUUUGAGGUUUCAGAGACAGUAGGGUUUAUAGGUCUGUAGCCCCAAAGUUUGUGACUAAUUAAGCAAGGUCUCCAAGGGCUCAAGCAUCACACACAUCUUUGGUGUAAAUUUGUUGCAUAACUAGCACCGCCCAGAAUGAUAGUUACAAUUGCAAGCGCUCUGCUGUUCAUAGAGAUCAAGGAUGCAGCAUUUUUGAGAACGUUGUCGCAGGUGAUGCUAUCGCUUUGGCUGAAAUGGGAGCUCCGGGCAAUGGUGGUCCUCAGCCUCAGUGUUCAACUUAUAUUGAUAAAAUUUGGGAAUCGGCGGAAAAACAGCGGGAGACAUCUAAAGAUCGUCUCCCUCCUGGUGUGGACCAUGUACCUGUUUGCGGAUUGGUUGGCGACGGUGGCCUUGAGUACCCUCCUUAGAAGUAGAAAGGAGCAAAUAACCAGUCCUCUGGUUAUAUUUUGGACUCCAUUUUUGCUCUUGCAUCUUGGUGGCCCCGAUACCAUCACUGCUUACUCAUUGUCGGACAAUGAACUGUGGCCUCGACACUUGUUCGGGCUGUGUUUUCAGGUUGGAGUGGCACUCUAUGUAUAUGUAAAGUUUUGGACUCUAACUGUAACAAAGCUCACCUAUUUGGCCAUUCCAAUAUUCAUUGUUGGGAUCAUCAAGUAUGGGGAGAGUUCGGCUCUCUUCCAAGCCAGCAACGUUCGGUUUAGGAAAUCUGUGUUUUCUACUGACAAAGCUUCGGAGCUGGAAGUUGAGCUUUCACAGGGGCUUCAAAAGCGAUAUCACACUGGAGGGCUAUUUGGAUACAAAACAAAUUAA